UUUAUUUAAACGACACUACUACGCGGCGGCGGGCUUGUUAUUGAGGCGGGAGAAUGGCUCUGCCCUUCAGUGCAAAGGGUCUGAGGCCCUCGCAGGUGGUCUGCGCUAUAGUUUUCGUGAGGAUCCUGUCCGUAUUCCUGGUACAAACUUGGUAUGUGCCGGACGAGUAUUGGCAGACCCUGGAAGUGGCCCAUAGGCAGGCAUUUGGGUAUGGAGUGCUGACAUGGGAGUGGCAGAAGGGUAUAAGGAGCUACCUGUAUCCUAGUGUUGUGGCAGCAUUGUAUACUAUUUUGAAGUAUACUGGACUGGAUUAUCCUGAGGCUGUGGUCAUUCUACCCCGCAUCCUCCAAGCAUUGCUAAGCUCCGCAGCAGACUACAGCUUCUACAAAUGGACCGGCGGCCGUAAAUGGUCCCUAUUCCUGAUCCUAACGUCUUGGUUCUGGUUCUACACAUCGGGCCGCACCCUGCUGCAGACGGUUGAGACUGCUCUUGUUGCCAUUGCCUUGUCUAAGUUCCCGUUCAAGGAUGGAAGAUUGGGGUAUUAUGAGAAAGAAAACAACUCAUGGCUGUGGUUGGCUUUCAUCAGCGUGUUCCUCCGGCCGACGUCUGCACCUCUAUGGUCCGUGCUUGCAGCCUACAAUCUGUACACCACCAACCAAGGCCGUCUACGGUUGCUAGCUCGCACGUACAUACCUAUUGGCCUCGCUGUCGCCGGUCCCCUAAUCGCGCUGGACUCGUACUGCCACGGCAGUUUGGUUGUGACCCCGUGGGAGUUCUUCCGCUUCAAUGUACUGCAUGACAUCGCUUCCUUCUACGGGCAACACCCUUGGCACUGGUACCUCGCCCAGGGCCUCCCAGCAGUACUCGGCAUUAACCUGAUUCCUGUUCUACUGGCCAUAUACUCCAUCAUCCGUCGCCCUAGAGAAAACAAAACGGGCCUGCUGCUCUUGACCGCGGUUGCACUACAUGUAGCGUUAUACAGUUUCAUCGCCCACAAGGAGUUCAGAUUCGUCCUGCCGCUGCUGCCGAUCCUGCUGUAUUUGGCCCAAGGAGUCAUUGUGCCGUGGAGCAGGAAAGCCAAGAAAUGGCAACUAUACCUCGUCGCCCUGGCCAUCCUCGCCGGCAACGCCGUGCCCGCGCUGUACUUCGGCGUCGUGCACCAGGGCGGCACGCUCAGGGUCAUGCCGCUGCUGAGAGAAGCUCUACCUAACAACCGCUCCUCCGUGCUCUUCAUGAUGCCCUGCCACUCCACGCCUCUGUACAGUCACCUGCACGUAAACAUCACAACCCGCUACCUGAACUGCGACCCGCCCAUCGGCAAAACCGGCGACACCUACGAGUCAGAAGCCUUCUUCCACAACCCCCAGGCUUGGUGGCGUAGAGAAUACAACAGCAGGCAACCGCCUACUUUUGUAGUACUUUUUGACGUGCUGAAGGGCAGAGUCGAGAGUUUGCUGACUGGAUAUAGACAGAUAUAUGAACUGCCCCAUACACAGUUCCCCGAAGGCGAGGUGAGCGCGAGCGUGCUGGUGUACCAGAGGAACGAGCGGCCGAAGCCCGCGGGCGGGGACGCCGCCGCCUAGCCCCCGGCGGCGCCGCCCCACCAGUACUCCGGCAGCCCGCGGGAAUUCUCGAGACAUUUGUAUGAACCCUUCGGCCGCCACGCCUCGCGUGCGGCGCGGCGUGAACCUCGCCGGCAUGGAGGUUGCAAUUGGGCUGCCGCUUGACGUCUCAGGCGGUCAAAGGGUUCAAUAUUUUGAUUUGUGUUGGAGUUAUAUGCGUGCGAGUUGGUGAGGUGAAUAUCGAGACAUCCCUUUUUUUCUGUGCUCACACAUUUGAGCAUAUUGCCUUGUAAUUCGCUUCGCUGUUCGCGAGCAUGUGUUUGAAAAAUGAAAACAACGCCAAUAACAAAAUGACAAUAGCAGGUUGGAUUUGAAUCAACACGGCUUUAAUAUAUGAUAUACAUUUUCAAUUUAUUACAGUAAAUUAAAAAUUAAUUUAUUCAAUAAUUUAUACUUAUAAAUGAAAUAUUUAAUUGCCUUUUGUAUUUACGAAUGAAAUUCAUUUCGAUUUCAAUUCGUUCAAGCUCAUAAAUAAAUAAUAUAAUGAUGACUUUUCCAUCAUGGAACAAUGGUGUUCCGGACCUUUGGGAGGCGUGCGCGGAACCGAAACCAACACGUAGAGUAUGAAAUGUAAGGGGUAUUAUUACUAAAUAUCAUUAGAGUCUCUAGCCCCUUAUCUUAUACACUGGAAAAUUUCUUGAGAAUUCACCGUUUCCACAGACAUUUCUUUAUGACAGGUUGUAUGAAACACAUUGCAUUUCAACUCAGUGCCAAGGGUAAGGUAUAGAUUAAUUAUUAUUGACAUGGACUGUGUGGGAGUUUUGCCCCAUCCAUUUUGCUUUAGAGAAAUUGUAGAAUCAAUGGGGAUGUGUACUUGGGGUUGUGAUGACAUCGUAAGACAACGUAAGGACGGAAGGAUUUUUGAAAUUUAACCUUAUUAGUGAAAAUUUAAAGUCGUGUAUAGAGGCUACUUUACAUGGCGUUUUGAAAACAUAUGGCGCAGUACAGCGCCAUCUGUCUUGGACGCAAAAUAAGGAGCACGUUAUUUUAGACUACCUCUCUAUUACAAUAAAUUCUCUUUGGUCCGUACAUAUAGAAGAUAACUUAUGAUUUUGUUAUUAUGAAAGCCUUUCACAUUAAGCAUAUCCAUCCCUCUUUACACACUGUUUUUGUGUGUGUAAAAGAGAAAUAACAGAUAAAUAGCGUACGUAAAAAAAACCUUUUAACCGUAUCUACACUUUCCAGUACCAUCCCUUACUAUCAUCUCGAAAAUGAACUACGUAACUACGUACGUUCUACGUAGUCUAAAUUUGUAUCGUGUAUGUGUUUGUGUAGUGUUUUUUCAUAUUCUGUUCCCCAUGACGAGAGAAUUGCGAAACGCAAGUACAAAUUAUGUCUUAAUUUACAUAUUUUACUCACUUGCCAAAGCUAGAAACGUUUUAUAUAACGACUAACAUAUCUUGUAUGAUGUAUGCGGGAAUUGCGUUUCGUUCUUUGACGAUGUGUUGUCUUAGGGCCUAUACACACUUGCAAUUUUGAUUUUAGUAUGCAACCGCACAGUACAGGAAACACACACAGUGUGGAAAUAUGGUGCCGCGGCGCGGUUGCCAUCGCAAGUGUGUGUGUGGCCUUAUAGGGGGCAUAUGUCUUAUUUGUGGUAUUUUUUAUUCGAUUUUUACUAACUGCACUUUGUGUAAUCAUGUUACAAUUAAGGAAUUGCUAAUUACAAAAUCCAAUAUUACAUAAAAUGUGCUCGAUAAAAAAAAAACGAAUUAAAAUUACUAAUUUAUGUGAGAACGAAACGCAAUAACGAUUCGACCACCGAAUAAUAACAAUAAAAAAAAUGGACGUUAUUUUCAUAUUUAAUAUAAAAUUUAUUUGGACAUCUUUAAUUCGCUUAAUAUGACUUUAUUUGCAAUGGAAUUUGAAUUAUUUUUUUCUUAUUUAGAUAUAGAUUUGACUAUUUGCCUUGCUCAAAUUAUAAAGACAAAUAAGUAUUUUAAGAUCUCUUUAAGCUUGGACAUAAAUGUUCAUUGAAUAUCCCUCAAUCACAUUCUUACUUUUGAGUGUAGUACAAUUCCUACCGACCGGGCGGAAUUAGCGCGGAUUUGUUAGCACGGCCGCGAGCCGACCGGCUGCUCGCGGCCGCGGCCGGCUCCGACGGAGCCGUCGCGACUGCCAGACAUAAUGUAUUGGCACACUGAAAUUGCGCUCCGGCGCCGUCCGACUCCAGCCGGUCGGUGGGCAUCGUACAUUACAGAACAUUUACCAGACCUGUUGUAAAAAUUAGCUAUGGUAACAUUUUUUGUCCUUUAUUGCAUUUAUAUUUUUAUACAAUAGCUCUACUCAUAUUUUAUGAAUAUUUUUGUCCAUGUAAUGUUGUCUUGUAAUAGUAAGGUGCAUACAAACUGGAGCAUUUGAAUUACACAUUGCUGCAUAAUUGCAUGGACAAAUUGCGAACGGAAUUCAUUCACUAAAUGGCCGUGUACCAUCGCCCACACUGUCCACCGAUGGACAGUACAGUUCAUGUUGAGUUGCUGUUUGUACAGUCGCCGUCAGAUAUAUCAGAGCGGUCGAGGUGCUCUAAAAUAUCUAAACACGCACUCUAUCGCCUUGACAAUAGAGGCGUGUUCAGAUAUUUGUGACCACCUUGGCCGCUCCGAUACAUCUGAUGGCGACAGUACAGAUGGCAAAUAUACAAAACUAAUAUUUUGCUGACGGUACUUUUACAGCUGGGUGCACAUUACAACUUGAUCUGCCACUUAAUUUAUUAUAUUUACGCUGUCAAUGUUUUAGUCUUCCUAAGACUCACGAGUUUAAAAUUGAAUAAAAUAAUGUUAGAAACAUUUUUAAUUGUGCAAUAAUGUUUAAGAGAUAUAUAUAGUCAAGCAGAAUAUCGAUAUGAUUUAUUUUCGCUUGUAACAACACAUCUAAGUAGCUCCUGUAAUAGUUUUACUAUCCAUAAGAAAUAGCCUGAAACACUCAUUUGUUUCUUUCAUAGAAAAUGAAGGCCAUAGCACUUUAAAGUAAAAAUAGACUAGAAAUGCUUCAAUCUGUACGCAUCUUUAGAGUAUAAAUAAAUGCACUCGCCACCUAAGAACUGACGACAUCUGAAGGCGGGAUUCCACCAUUGUGCGGCACAAGCAUUUUCGGUCAUAUGUUUGUACCGCACACUGGUGGAAUCCCGCCUUAAUAUAUAUUAGGUGCAGGCAUGUAUUAUUUAUUAAGAACAAUUUCGAGCAAUAAUCGUAGGUAUUUAGUUUGUUAUCUCCUAGUGUAAGUUAAAGCAAUUGUCUUCUAUAGAUAUGUGAAGUGUGAAUUUUUAAAUAAAGAUUUUAUUUUUAAUAAGUUC